CAACAGUCCCCAUAGAAACCCUGCAAAGCCCAGGGCAGGAAUGAACAGAUCCACGAUGCCACACUUCUUGUCUUAUCUGCUAGGAGCCUGGCUACUGUUGAGCCUGAUGCCCAAUGAGACCAGUCCACACUCCACAGCACGUUUUCAUCUCAUCUGUGAAAACCCAUUAGUUUCAGUCGUUGAACAGCUCUGCAGUUUGUCUGCUGGAAGAGCAACACAUGUGGAAAAGGAAUUAUUCCUCAUGCAACAAACCCAACUGUCAGAUACCAUAGACUUUUCUAGCUACAAAGAUUUGGAAGCCUUAAAUAUCUUCUCGGAAUACAUUCCUGACUUUCCACACGAGCUGAAGGUCACCAUUUCUGACAGACAAUCCUUCUUAAGGAAGAUACAACAGCCUAAAGAAAGGGGAGGGCUAAUUGAUUUUUUCAGUGCCUUGAUGGCAGUUUGCUGUAGUGAUAAUUGUAUCACAAAAAUGAAAGAUUUACUCUGUAAUAAAAACCCAGAAGACAAUACUGAUAUUGUAGCUCACGGAUACUGA